CUCGGGCACUGCGCGGGGUGCUUUGUCGUGCAGCACUUGCAACAUCUCAACUCCUGUGACUUGUGGUGAAGGAGUCAGUCGAAGAUGAGGCGCCAGACGAGCAAGUCCCUCGCGGCGCUGCUGGCGAUGGCGACCCUGGCGGCGCUGCGGCAGGAGGCGACGGCAACCCACGCGAGUGUGUCCUUGUCGAGCAACGGCUACGAAGGGACGGUCGUGGCCAUUUCGCCGUCCGUGGAUGAAAUCUACGCUAAUGACGUCAUCGAUUCCAUCAAGAAGACGAUCGGCGAGGCUUCCGAGGUGCUGUUCAAGGCCACCCGCCAAAGGGCCUUCUUCAGGGACGUCAAGAUCCUCCUGCCGAAGACCUGGACGAGAACACCCUACGACCAAGUUGCCGUCACCGAGAACUUCCAGGACAGCGACAUCCGAGUAGACAAGAGUAACGCCGUCUAUGGCAACCAGCCGUACACAGACCAGCCCGGUGGUUGUGGUGAUCCUGGUCGUUUUAUCCACCUGACGCCAGACUACUUGACAGACGACACUGAGGCAGCCAAGUGGGGACCUCGAGACAAGACCUUCGUGCACGAGUGGGCGAGACUCCGCUGGGGCGUCUUCGAUGAGAUCGGGUACCCGGAUGACCCGAAAUACCCGCUUUUCUACCUGGACUUCUCGAAUUAUCCGUUCGCGAUCAAGCCGAACUAUUGUGCCAAUGAAGAGCUCACCGGCUCGCAAAUGGACAACACAACAGGUGAUUUGUGCAGCGAGCUAAACGGUUUGCCAACUGCCACUUGCCGAUUCGAUCCCGAUGCCAACCAAGUGGCUAAUUCUUCCUUGAUGUCCUAUUACUAUCUUAGUUCAAUCGAGGAAUUCUGCGACAGCACCACCAGGACCCCUCACGUAGCUGACGCCCCCAACAGGCACAACGACAAGUGCGCCCGAAGCUCUGUUUGGGACGUCAUGGAGGCCCACGCGGAUUUUACCGGCGGAGCGAACCCCCCCGUCAGUAGCUCCACUCCCACGAGGUUCACUGUCGUACGUCAGGAGGAGGCCAAGUUCGCCCUCGUCCUGGACUACUCGGGCAGCAUGAUCAGCUACAGCAGGAUACAGAAGUUGCAAAUGGCUGCUCGUCGGUGGAUACUUCACGAGGUGUCCAUGGGAAGUUCCGUGGCCAUUAUCAAGUUCACGAGCACAGCCACGUUGGUUGCAGGACUCACCGCCAUCAGCAACGAUGCAACACGCCAGAGCCUUGCACAGAGGAUCGACAGCGCGGCAGGAGGAGGGACUUGCAUCGGCUGUGGACUUCAGAUGGCCAUUGGGAGUGUGCUGAACGGUCAGAAAAAUGCGGUGAUUCUCCUCAUCACCGACGGCCAAGAAAACCCGACACCGCCGCGAAUGAGUGACGUAAUGAAUGACGUCAUCGCUUCGGGUGCGAGAGUGGUCACCAUCGCCUUCGGGGAGAGCGCAGAUCCGAAACUCGAAGAACUGGCGAAGAACACCAACGGGAAAACAUUUACGGUGAAGGACACAGACAACGGCAACCAGCUGAACGACGCUUUCCUUGGCGCCUUGACCUACCAGCCGGGAGAAGUCUUGGCCGAGACUUUCAUCAAGAUCUACGAGACUGACUACCAGGGCGCCAGCAGAGUCUUCACGGAGCAGUUCACUGUAGAUGCCUCUCUGGGUCGUGACCUGACCUUCAAGCUGGAGACCAACACGGCCUCGCACGUGACCAGCCGCCCUCAUCUCCUGCGUCCGGAUGGCACUCAGAUCGACAGUGCCACCUUUGACAGCACUUCCAACACGUAUACGAUCACGGUAGCAAUGGCUGAGACAGGGCAGUGGUCAUAUAGCGUUGGACUCUCAGGCUCCACUACAAACUCCAUCAGUGUGAGUGUGUCAGCGAAGGCAAGAACUCCUAACGUGGAGCCUAUUUACACCAGUGCUUGGGCAAGUGCAGGCUCAGGAUCGGUGAAUGCUGCCACAAAUCCUGUCAUUAUUUAUGCUGAGGUGAAGCAAGGUAACAGUCCUGUGGUGGGAGCCCGCGUCAAAGCUUUAAUAAGCGAAACAAGUUCAGCCGGCGCUCCCAUAGAACUUGAACUCUACGACAACGGCAAUGGAGGAGAUGCCCAGGCAGGAGACGGUACCUACUCCGGCUAUCUUACCACGUACUCCUCGGUCGGGAGGUAUUCUGUCAAGGCUCAGGUAUGGAACGACGGCAGCGCCCUCGUCAACAACGGUUUCACGACAUCCAGGAAAAAGAGAAGUCAUCCGGCCGCUCGAAACAUCCGGUCCGUUUCGGCUCAUCCACUCGAUAAAACUCCUUACUGCUGCGGGAGUGUCGUGCCCCUCGACCCUGCGACAGCCACGCCGACAGGAAACUUCACUCGCGUUGCUCCCGGCGGCUCCUUCCAGGUGACAGUGAUUCCCACAGGGGAUUCCUUCGCUCCCUCUCGGGUAACUGACCUGCAGAUGACCUUGGGAAAAACGAACCUGACCUUGACCUGGACUGCCACAGGGGAUGAUUUUGAUACUGGCAUAGUAACCGGCUACGUAAUUCGUCUCGCCCACAACGUGACCUAUCUCCACGAGGUCAACUUUGACAACAGCAACACCACGAUCUUGCUCUCGGUGGCAGAUUGCGCUAACUUGACCUCCCUGCUCGUCGAGGCUGGCCAGAAGGUCACCCUCGACCUCACGCUCAAGGAGGAGGUCAAGACUGACACUCCGUACUUGGUGGCUCUCAGGGCGGUCGACGACGCUGGCAACGAGAGCCUCGUGUCCAACAUAGCGGCAGCCCUGGUCCCGACCCCCCCGCCCCCCCCGCCCCCCGCUGACAAGAAGGGCCUGUCCCUCACCCUCAUCGUCAUCGGCUGAAACGAGAUAUGAAGUGACAGACCUCAUGGAACGUUUGGCAGACCGCAUGACACGUGUGCACGGCGGUGCGGUCAUGCGGUCUUCCUUUUGUGAGAGCGAAAGGUCAAAAUGGUCAUAGAAGUGUGUAUGUUUUUUUUCUGAUUCUUGUCCGAGGUAUUGUUUUAUUUUUUUUUUUUUAUUAUUAUUAUUAUUAAAUGUGAUUUUUGGCUUGUAUGCAGGGUGGGCUGCAGAAAUUUUCAGUCUUCUGUAGUCAGUUCCACAGGUACUGGAGGCUUCGAGAUGGAAAAAAAAUUGAUCAAGAAAAAUAGUCGUUAGAUUUUGAUAACAAUUCGCAGUUAUCAUUCAUUUAUUGUUAUUUUUAUUAUUUAUUUACUUUAUCAUUAUUAUUAUCUUUUUCGUUAGUUUUGGCCCUUUCUGACCAACUUAGUGCCAAAGUCAGUGGAACGGACUAUAGUAUAUACGACAUACAUAUAUAUGCUUUAUGUAUAGAGCAAUUGGCCAUAUACCUGCAAGCAUUGCCAUGUCUUGUUAACAAUAAACAUGAAUAAUCAGAAAAAA